GUGGAAGCAGAGGGUCCCUCGGAGAAAGGCCUCCCUCGUGCGGACAAAGCCGGCUCCCCAGCCAGGACUGAAUCGGUCCCUUCCCUCUCCAGGACCCCUGAGUCUGCAGGAAGUGUAGUCUGGUGAAGGAUGGCAUUUCGAGACUGACCUUGACCUCGGAGAUGAGGAUGGAAUUAGCCCUAGCCCAGCCCUCGAGAACACCAGGCCCUCCUUCUAUCCCAGUCUGAGACAGUAUUGAUUUUGGGGCUCUCCUUUACAAGCCCCCAAAACCUCCAACUCCAGCCUCCCCUUUGACCACCCAACGGCACAGAAUGUCUGUGAGAUGCCUGAGAUGGAGCCUUUGGCUACUCUGCUUCCUCAUGGUCACCAUGCUGUGGUACCUCAACCUCCCCUCCUACACUGUGAUUGAGAACCUCAACUGGAUGUAUUUCUAUGAGUAUGAGCCCAUUAACCGCUCAGAAUUUGCCUUUACGCUCCGAGAGCGGGUGACUUGCUUGGAGCAGGACCCUUUCCUUGUCAUCUUGGUGACCUCACGCCCUGAAGAUGUGAAAGCCAGACAGGCCAUUCGGGUUACUUGGGGCACAAAGAAGUCUUGGUGGGGACAAGAAGUCCUAACAUACUUUUUAUUAGGCCACCGAGUGGAGCCAGCAGAUAACGUGUUGGCCUUAUCUGUACAAGAUGAAAGCGCCCUUUAUGGUGACAUAAUCCGCCAAGACUUCAUAGACACGUACUAUAACCUGACCUUAAAGACAAUAAUGGCGUUCAGGUGGGUUACAGAGUUUUGCCCUACAGCCAAAUACGUGAUGAAGGCAGAUUCUGAUGUUUUUAUUAACACUGGAAACUUAGUGAAAUAUCUUUUGACGUACAACCAGUCUGAGAACUUUUUCAUGGGCUACCCUCUCAUAGAGAAUAUUUCCAAUAGAGAAUUUUUCAAAAAAACCUAUAUUUCCUACCAGGAGUAUCCUUUUAGGGUAUUUCCACCGUACUGCAGUGGCUUGGGUUACGUGCUAUCCAGAGACUUGGUUCUCCAAAUUUAUGAAAUGAUGGCACACGUCAAGCCCAUCAGAUUUGAAGAUGUUUAUGUUGGGAUCAUCCUGAGCAUCUUAAAAGUGGACAUUCAUCUUCCCAAGUCCAAUGACCUCUUUUUUUUGUACCGGAUUAGAUUUAAUACCUGCAAAUUCAAGCGCUUGAUUGCGGCCCACAGCUAUUCUCCCAAGGAACUAAUCCAGUAUUGGCAGCUCAUGCAAAAGGAAAGCAGAUGCUGACCCUCCAUUCUGCUCUGACCAAGUCAGGGACUUUGCAGAAAGCCCAUGAGGUUGGACUGGGAGAGUCCUUUCAAAGGCAGUGUUGCUCCUGGUGCCCACUUCACUGUGACUCAUUCAGAUCCCACCCCUCCUCAAAGUGGCUGCUUCCUGUCUCAUUUUGCGUAUUCCUGUGUAUUUGCUUUUGAGGUCGGCAGUAGAGGAGAGAUCUUUUGUGGUACUUGUUGGGGGUGGGGGGCGUUGAGAGAGAGACAGAGAGAGAGAGAGAGACAGAGAUGAAUACUAAAAAAAUAUCUCCUUAGAAGGAAAAUGGUAGAUUUUGCCAAUUAUACAAAAAAGGCCUAAAGAUUUUAACGUCACAGGAAAAUUUUACCAGUAAGGACUUAAUACAACUCUUUUAUUUAUAGUAGACUCAUUUAUUCAGGUUAUUCAGGACUACUGGUAAAAAUGAGGGGUUUUUUGGGAAAAAACCAACUUGAUAAUGAAGAUUAAAGAAGAGUCUUGCCAGAGAUGUGAUGUAUGGAUUAACCAUUUUCAGCGUUGUAAUACACUUAACACUAAUAUUGUACUGAAUAUAGUUUAAUUUUUUCUUCAUACAAAAGGCUUUCAGUAUGGCCCCUGUAGACCAAGUUGAUUUUCCAAAGAUCAAGCUAGCUUAUGGGGCAGCACAUCACCUGUAGGCUGGCCUCUUAGUGCUGGCAUUAUUUUGGCCAGACUUAGGAGGGGCAGGCGUGGGUGAAUUGCAAUCUGUGUCAUUGAAAAGAAUUAUGGUUAGGGUUCAAUUUGAAUAGUUUAUAGAAUCCUAUACCACCCUCUAAUUUUGCAUAUGAGAAUAUGGAGUCCCAGGGAGAUUUAAAUGAUUUACCCCAAGCCAGAAGACAUUUGAACUCUUGGUGUCCACUGGGUCAUUAUUUUGAUCAUCUGCUAUUAUAAUGGUAGUAAAAAAACAUGGGGUUUAACUCAGGUUUUUACAUUUAAAUUCUGCAUAGAUUUGGUGCCCUUUUUGGGUUGGAAUGCUUCUCAACCACCACUUCAUGGUGUACACUUUAAUGACAGAGAUGAAUGACUGUAGAAUAACCCUUUGGGGCCAGAGAACGUGAACACCUUGAGGGCAGGCAUGGUUUCCUUUCUCUCCUUGCAUCUCCACAGCCUAGUAUGGUGCCUGGCCCAAGCUAAGGGCUCAGUAAAUGCUCAUCAAGUGUUAUAACAUAUUGAAGGCUGGGCAGAUUUGGACUUCAGAAAACAUUUGCUCCUAUGUACAGGUGCUGAUGAAGAAAGACCCGAAUUAUAUGUCUUGUUUUUGGAAAUGUUA